GGGCGUCCUUCUUUUUAAACAUGCCGCCUGCUCGGUAUCAUGACAAUAAUGUAUAGUGAGCUUAGCAUUUGAGGAGGAAUUUCGGUCAAAUGUAAGAUCAGAUUUGUGCGGUGUAAUUAUAUCAGAUUUCAAUGGCGUGCAAACACUUGGGUAUCAGUUGGAACACCCUGUUUUAUAAAUGGGAUGUUGAGGCACUCGAAGGUUUGAGGGCAGAAUUUCGAAGUCUCCCAUCUCCUCCAACAAUGUGUACGGUAUGGUACUUGAACUACAUCUCAGUUAACGAUAUUUCAUCAACGAUUACUGUGCAGCUGUGUAGGGAAAAUUCUGGUAAGAAACUUCAUAUCAGAGGAAUUGUAUAUUACCUUUUUAAAUAUGAUACUAUUUUCAAGCGUUGCUUGGAUUAUAUUAUGGACAGCGAUACCAAGCAUGUAACAAUUUUAGAAAAUACUCGGUACCAAUUUCCCGAGCAACAAGUAAUGGUAAACUUGGAUGCAUGGAUUACAGAAUUAACAGAAACUGAAGAAAAAUCUGUGCAGCCUCUGUCAACUUUCCCUAAGCUGUUGUGCGAUAUGCAUGAAAUGUAUGAAAAGCAGGAUCACUCCGAUUUAAUUGUCAUCUGCAAAGGCGUGAAAAUCCGUGUUCACAAGUGCGUGCUUUCUGCCAGAUCUCCAGUAUUUGCUAAGAUGUUCCAACAAGUCACCACUGAAAGCAACGACAACCGAAUAGACAUCACGGAUAUCGACCCUGAUAUCCUGGAAGAGCUGCUGAAGUUUUUUUAUUGUGGUAAAAUAAACCCGUCCAGUUAUUCAAGGGCCCAUGAUUUGUAUUUUGCAGCUGAAAAGUAUUUCGUAUCGGAUCUCAAAGAUAUGUGUCGGGAUAUAAUUAUAUCCUAUUUGACUAUUACAUCAGCUGUCGAAACGUUAAUUUUAGCUGAUAAGCACAAGGAUAAAGAAAUGAUGCAGAAAGCAAUUACUUUUAUCGCCUCUUCAUUCCAGUACGUGAAGUCAACAGAACCGUGGAUAAUUCUUCAGCAAGAAAAUUCCCCCUUAGCGACUAAAGUUUUAUCUGAGGUUGUUGAAAAAUCGCAUUCCAAACACAGUGAUAGUUAUCAGAUUUCAAUGGCGUGCAAACACUUGGGUAUCAUUUGGAACACUCUGUUUUAUAAAUGGGAUGAUCAGGCACUGAAAGAUUUGAGGGCGGAAUUUCGAAGUCUCCCAUCUCCUCUAACAAUGUGUACGGUAUGGUACUUGAACUACAUCUCAGUUAACGAUAGUUCAUCAACGAUUACUGUGCAGCUCUGUAGGGAAAAUUCUGGUAAGAAACUUCAGAUAAAAGGAAUUAUGUAUUACGUUUUUAAAUAUGAAAUUAUUCGCAGGCAUAACUUUGAUUGUAUUAUGAACAGCGAUAUCAAGCAUAUAACAAUUUUAGAAACUACUCGGUCCAUAUUUCCCGAGCAUGAAAUGACGGUAAAUUUAGAUGCAUGGAUUACAGAAUUAACAGAAAGGGAAGAAAAAUCAGUGCAGACUCUGUCAACUUUCCAUAAGCUGUUGUGCGAUAUGCAUGAAAUGUAUGAAAAGCAGUAUCAUUCCGACUUAAUUGUCAUUUGCAAAGGCGUGGAAAUCCGUGUUCACAAAUGUGUGCUUUCUGCCAGAUCUCCAGUAUUUGCUAAGAUGUUCCAACACGACACUAUUGAAAGCAACGACAACCGAAUAGAUAUCACGGAUAUCGACCCUGAUAUCUUCGAAGAGCUGAUGAAAUUUCUUUAUUGUGGUAAAAUAAACCCGUCCAGUUAUUCAAGGGCCCAUGAUUUGUAUUAUGCAGCUGAAAAGUAUUUCGUAUCGGAUCUCAAAGAUAUGUGUCGUGAUAUAAUUAUAUCAUAUUUGAGCAUUACGUCAGCUGUCGAAACGUUAAUUUUAGCUGAUAAGCAUGAGGAUGAAGAAAUGAUGCAAAAAGCAAUUAUUUUUAUUGCCUCUUCAUUCCAGUACGUGAAGUCAACAGAACCGUGGAUAAUUCUUCUGCAAGAAAAUUCCCUCUUAGCGACUAAAGUUUUAACCGUGGUUGCUGAAAAAUCUGAUUCCAAAAACAGUGACAGUUUGUGUGACAUAUUUGGUGUUCCAUUAUGAAUCCAUGAUCGAUAUUUUUUCACUGAAAAAAUCUGAUCAUCCAGGCUGAUUCAUAUUGGGAAAUUAUGGGAAUGAAUGCAGUGUCAUUUUUGUAAAUUACAAAUGUUUUUCAAACGUUUCGUGUUUAGAAUACACUAGAAUGCUUAUUUGCAGUUAUCUUGAGGUAAAUUAAAAAGCAAGUGUUGUACUUCAUUUUUUGUACGUAAGUGACGAUAAUUUAGCAUUUUAUUGGAAUAUGAGUGUUCUGUUUUCAAAUUAUUAUGCUUAUAGUUUAACUCGUGAAUGUUUCCAAAUUAAAAAUGUUAAGAGAAGAACUGUUAAAAAUAUCCUUUGCAUAGAUAUGAUUUUCAAUUAAGUUCGCAUAUUGCUUUGAACAUGCUUGUCUUGAAAGUGAAUUAAUUAUAGUUUUUAAUGCAUCAGUUUUUAAUACCGUUCACAGAGAUAGGUUUUUUUAUCUAACGUGUUUGUUUAAUUAUCAAUAAAAACCGUAAUCAGUAAUAAAAACCGUAUGUUUA